AUGCGUGAGGCAGAUGAUCAAGCAAGUAAUGAUCAAGCAAAAGUGGAUUCUAUGAGUUUAUGUCUUUCAGAGUGUUUGAAAGAUGUCUGUCUGAUGUCUGUCAAAAAUUUUCUUUUUAUGGUGGUUGGUGCAUUGAUUUUCAUAUUUUAUUUCUUCACUGCUAUUCCAUCAGGGGAAGAGGGUAGUAAGAAUAUGGGUACGUUGAAAAACAGGGUGCAAUUUUUUGAAAAGUUUGUUGAUCGGUCUGACAAUGAAGUGAAUGGAUCAUCUGCAAUUUCUAUGCGCCAAAAGCAAACUGCUGCUGGCGUCUUUGGUAUCUCUCAUAGACCUUUAAACGGGACAGAAUUAGAUAUGCUUCAAUCAAAAUCUUCUCCAACGCUGAAAAAAAUAAAUUUCUUAGAGCAAAGAAAUAAAAAGGAACUAAACGUCCCGAAUGUCCUCCCUAAGCCGGUCCUCCCGCCGAAACCAGUAGUGCCAGAGGUGUUUGGAGCGGGUUUAAGAGAAAGUUAUAGUUACGAAAAGAGAAAGAGCGUUGUUUUAAGAGAUCCAUUGCUUAUAUGCUCUCUUCAGCAAAAAUCAAAAGAACAACUGCGGUCAAAAUCAGAUGGUUCUGAUGAUCAACGGAUGCAGAAACUUUCCGCAGCUGCUCAUGAAAUUUGUGAGAAGGAAAAAAGUUUUGUUGAUGAACUUAAUUCGAUUAAUUCCAUACUGGUUGCUGGACAGAUAGCUUAUAAUAACUUACCCAAAGAACGUAAGAUAGAUUUGGCUGGAAACGUGUAUUUUAUCGGUCAAAUAAUUGAUGAACUACAGAACCCUUUUCAACCGGAUAUAGUUUCUUGCUUUGAGAAGUAUGGUCCUGAACUCAAAGUUUGUUUUUCUUUUCUGGAGAAAAAGGAACUGUUGGUGACACAACUUUCUGAAGCAUUAAAAAUUGACGAGCUCAAAGAAGCUAUGGGCAUCAAGAAUGGAGACUUAUCUAUUAAUCUUCGAUUGGAUGUGAUACAUCAAAAUAUAGCGCGAUAUGCUCUACUAAUUGAUGCCUACAAGAAGUAUCUGCCACCAGGAAGUGAAGAAGAUCUAAAUGCAAACCGUUAG